AUGUCGUCGGAGAGGGUGACGACGUUGUCCGUCGAACUCUUCCUCAUUUUGAAGAUGGUUCAUGGCUGGGAUGCAAGGCUACCUAAUGUGAUGGAUGAAGUUGGUUUGUACGCAACAGCAAUAGCCGGAGGAUUAGCAUUUCUUAUCAUCGCAGCUCACCUUCUUCUCUUGCUGUGUUUGAUAAUCGACUCGGUAUCAACGGGAACAAUCGUAAUUGACAGAACAAAAGUUCGAAGUAGCAUUCCCAAAAUUAUUUUGGAUCGAGUAAUACAAGACGAAGAGUAUGACGAUGUUAGUUGGGAUGAAAUAGUGGAGGCGGAAGGUAUUCACGCACACGACCAGUUAGCACCGGAUGCAAGGCAAGAAAGGGAGGAAUCUGAAAUUAAUUUGCUAAAAGAAGACCAAAAGUCCAUGAAGUCCCUCUGAAUUUUAUUAAGAGGACCACGUCAGAUGGUUAAAAAUAAAUACUAUUUGGUUCAAAUGUUUCAUGCAAUGCAGGUAUUUAUGAAUUGAUAAACAAGUUUUGUAAUAAAAUGCACACAAAGCUGAAAAUGUUGAGUGCAGUGACUAUUAUUACACCAUAACAAUAAAUCAACUUGAAAAUACAUUCCUAGAUGAUCUUGUGAAAAAAAUGUAGUUUUUUUUAUAGAAUUAAUCCAUUUCCUCUUUAGCAAGAUAAAAAAUAAUCAAAGAUAUAACUGAUAUGUUGUUUAUUUAAGAUUUUGAGUACAGAAAUAAACCUUCUGAACAUAGAACAUUUAUAUUUAACCCUUUGUAUAAGAGGACAAGAGAAACAAUACUUCCAUUUUAUUUUAUAAUCAAUAAAGGUUUAUAAUGUUUAACACAGGCCAACAAUGUACUAUAAUAAAAUACAUCUUUGCAUCAAUUGUUUAAUUUUUCAACAGAAGUA